AGCCCCGGCGCCCCGCCUCUCUCUCGCGGCCGGCAACCCUGGGUAGAUCCCCAAAUCACCCCUCCGCCUCUUCGCAACCAGCUGCCAUCUCCGUGGUCAGGCCGGUAACUCCGCGCCGCGUCGCCCACUGGCUUUCUCCUCUAGUCCUCUCCCUCGCUCAACGCCCCUUCUGUGUCGCAGCAGCAGGCCUGUGCAGCGCUCGCCCACGCAGGCAGCAGAGGCAGGCACCACCCGCUUCCAAAAUGGAAGGGAAAUUACUCGGCAACCAGCCCUAGUGCUGCUGAGCUAGCUGUUUAGCUAGCAUCGCGCACCACACCGCCACAGCAGCACAGCACCCACGCACUGCAGCAGCCAGCAGGAGGAGAGGAGAGAGAAGAGAGAAAGGGAGGGGGAACUGGGGAAGGAAGGAUGGAUGGAGACUUGCAGCGCAGCCCAUCCCCGCGCCGCACGCACGGCUCCGUCCCCAAAUUACAGACGACCCCGCAGGAGCAAGCCCAACCACCACUUAAACCCGACCACCACCACCGCCACCGUUACGCUUUAGCCCCGCGCCCCGUCCAAACCCUAGAUCCCCUUCGCCGCGGUGGUGGCGCCGGCGGUGACCCGGCGGGGCGGCGGAGGGGAUGGCGGCCGUGCCGGAGGACCUCCGCUGCAAGCGCUCCGACGGCAAGCAGUGGCGCUGCGGCGCGCCCUCCGUGCCCGGCAAGACAGUCUGCGAGAAGCACUACGUCCAGGCCAAGAGGCGCUCCGCCUCCUCCGCGCUCCGCGCAAGUCUCCGCCGCUCGUCCGCCUCCGCCGCCGCCGCCGGCGGCGCGCCCGCCCCGCCCUUCCGCUCCUCCUCCGCCGCCGCGGCCCGCCUCCACGACGGGGCCCGCCCCGGGCCGCCGCCGAUGGCGGUCGCGAGGCCCGUCUACGCCAGGGUCGCCGGAGAGACGGUGUACGUGGCGGAGCCCGUGCCGGCGCCGGCGUCGAGGGCCCCGGCGUACGACGGCCUGCCCCUGGGCAAUGCUGCCGGCGCGCGCACCGCGGCGGAGCUGGUCGGGAGAGGCCCGGCGGGGACGACGAGUUGCCACCAGUGCCGCAAGGCUGGGGCCGUCCUUUGGUGCUCCAGCUGUGACAGGAGAGGCUACUGUGCCGGCUGCAUUUCGAGAUGGUACUCUGACAUUCCGAUAGACGAUGUUCGAAAGGUUUGUCCCGCAUGCCGUGGCAUUUGUAAUUGCAGAGUUUGCUUACAAGGAGACAAUUUAAUAAAGGCCAGGGUGCAAGAAAUACCAGUUGUUGAUAAGUUGAGAUAUCUUCAUUGCCUUUUGUCCUAUGUUCUUCCAGUACUAAAGGAGAUUUAUUCUGACCAAUGCUUUGAAAUAGGUGUUGAAACAAGAUCUUCUGGUCCAAAGACAGAUAUCCUCAGAGCAAAGAUAAAUUUUGAUGAACAAAUGUGCUGUGAUUUAUGCAAAGUGCCAGUUUUUGAUUAUCACCGCCACUGCCCAAAGUGUCUGUAUGAUUUAUGCCUUGAUUGCUGUCGAGACAUACGGCGUUCUCAGGCCACUGUUGCAAGAGGAGAACAUACUGAAGGUCAUGUUGAAGGUAAAAGUAGAGAUUCUUUUAGUAGAAGAGCAAGACUGGAACCAUCUGCAGAAAGUGUAAAUGACAAUUCUUGCUCUCAGCCAAUGGAUCUAAACAAUAUUGACAUUAGAUCUUUAGUCCCUACAUGGAGAGUCAGCAAUGACGGCAGCCUCACUUGUGGGCCUCAUGAAGCUGGUGGCUGUGGUUCCUCAAAACUGGUGCUAAGGCGAAUAUUCAAAAUUAAUUGGAUCGCUAAACUUGUAAAAUGUUCUGAAGAAAUGGUCAAUGGUUGCAAAGUAUAUGAUCUGCAGGAUGAAUGUUUGUCGUACAGUGAUGGCAGACAGUUAGAGUUAAUUGGUCAGCAUGACCUUGGUCUCUCAAAAUGCUCAAACAGUGAUGAUAUUAGCGGGAAUUGUGUGUACUCUCCUGUAUUGGAGGACUUAAAACAUGAAGGCAUCAUGCAGUUUCGUAAGCAUUGGAUAAAGGCGGAGCCUAUUGUCAUCAGAAAAGCAUUUGAGCCUUCCCUGUCAUCAAUCUGGGACCCUUUAAGUAUUUGGAGAGGUAUCCAGGAGAUCAUCGAUGAAGAAAUGGAUGAAGAUGUAAUAGUCAAAGCUGUGGACUGCUCAAAUCAAUCUGAGGUGGAUAUCGAGCUCAAACAGUUUAUCAAAGGUUAUUCAGAUGGCAACAAGGGGGGCGAUGGCCGCUUGUUGAUGCUGAAAUUGAAAGAGUGGCCCCAGCCCAGUGUCUUAGAGGAGUUUCUGUUGUGCCACAGACCAGAAUUUAUUGUCAAUUUUCCUCUUGUUGAUUUUAUUCAUCCUAGAUGGGGUCUCCUAAAUCUUGCUGCCAAGUUACCCCAAGAUGCAUUACAGCCUGAAGUAGGGAUGAAACUGCUAAUUGCAUAUGGAAGUCGUCAAGAACUUGGUGAAGGUGAUCCAGUGAUGAAUCUAACGAUUAACAUGGGUGAUGUGGUUCACAUGUUAAUGCAUGCAGUUGAAGUACAUAACCAAUGUCCCAAGAGGCCAUCAUCUAAUGGAGCUGAAAAGAUUGCUAAUGGAACUAGUACGCAUGUAAAUGAUCACACUCCUGUUCCAUAUUUGGAUCUGAUUGUGGGGGAGCAAAAGUGCAAACUUGCAACUUCACAUUGCGAGCAGGCAAAAGCUAACAAUUUAGAAGGAUCACAGGCUGGUGCUGUCUGGGAUGUAUUCCGCAGGCAGGAUCUUCCAAAGCUUAAUGAAUAUUUGGCUGCUCACCGGGAAGGAUUUGGAGCUAACUGUCAAGCUGUGCCCUCUGUUAAAUAUCCUAUUUAUGAUCAAAAUGUGUACCUCAACAAUCAUCAUAAGAAGACAUUGAAGGAUCAAUAUGGUAUUGAGCCUUGCACAUUCCACCAACAUAUUGGUGAGGCUGUAUUCAUUCCAGCCGGCUGUCCUUUCCAAGUGAAAAACCUCCAGUCCACCGUUCAAUUGGCUCUCAAUUUUUUGUCUCCGGAGAGUUUGCCAGAGUCAGUCCGGAUGGCCCAAGAGAUCCGUUGCCUGCCGAAUGGUCAUUUUGCAAAACUGAAGAUGCUUGAGGUAAAAAAGAUCUCCUUAUAUGCAGCAAGUUCAUCUGUCAGAGAAAUUCAGAGAAUAACUCUGGAUCCCAAGUUCAAUCUUGAUGCUAGUUUCGAGGAUCAAAAUCUGACAAGGGUGGUUUCAGAAAACUUGGCAAGAGUGAAUAAACAAAGGAAGGUAUCUUGCACUUGAGGUUCUGGAGAACUUCGAGAAAUUGUGACGGUGCCAUUCAGGAUGGAAGCCGAUGCAAAAGAAGAUAUAGUGGUUGACUGUACAUGUAUAUUGUGACAUAUGAAAGGAACACAUUCUGAUUCGUAUUGGAUGACAUUGAUCUUACCUGUAUAUUGCGGAUUAGGACUAACGGCAGAGCUCGUGUAGACAAUAUAAAAGGCAUUAGAAAGCUGAUUACCUAACCGAAUUCUAUCUUGUGAAAAUUUUAUAGUACAAUAACAGCUGUUGGUAAUUUCACGGGAACUGAUGGUUUUUGUGGACA